CUAGUACUGCGUGCUAAAACUUGGGGGGUGGGGUCACACACACACUCUUUUACACACUCUUUCAAACACACACACAGCUGUUUUAAUCUUUUCUCCUCAUAACGUUGGACUAAAUAGUUGCUAUAGUGCAGAAAUGCUGCAGAACACAGGAAAGCUGGCCGGACGCACUCUAUUCAUCACGGGUGCCAGUCGAGGAAUCGGCAAGGCCAUCGCUCUCAAAGCUGCCCGAGACGGUGCCAAUGUGGUCAUAGCGGCCAAAACUGCAGAAGCUCACCCCAAGCUGCCGGGCACGAUCUACACAGCUGCUGAAGAAAUUGAAGCUGCAGGCGGGAAGGCUUUGGCGUGUAUUGUGGAUGUCCGUGAGGAGAAGCAGAUCAGUGAUGCUGUGGAAAGUGCGGUACAGAAAUUUGGAGGAAUCGACAUUUUGGUGAACAAUGCCAGUGCAAUCAGACUAACAGGCACUCUGGAAACGCCCAUGAAGAAAGUGGACCUUUUGCUGGGAAUCAACCUCAGAGGAACAUACCUGACGUCAAAAUUGUGCAUCCCACACCUCCUGAAGAGUAAGAACCCUCACAUCCUCAACCUCAGCCCACCCCUGAAUCUCAACCCCAUCUGGUUUAAGAACCACACAGCGCACACUAUGGGAAAAUAUGGCAUGUCUAUGUGCGUCCUUGGAAUGUCUGAGGAAUUCAGAGGCUCCAUUGCUGUUAAUGCCUUAUGGCCCAGAACAGCUAUUCAGACAGCUGCUUUGGACAUGCUGGGUGGUGCUGGAAUAUCAAAUCAGUGCAGAAAAGUAGAUAUCGUAGCUGAUGCCGCCUACGCCAUCCUCACCAAACCCGUCAACUUUACAGGACAGUUUGUUAUUGAUGAUGAGCUCCUCGCGAAGGAGGGUGUUACAGACUUUGAGCCUUAUGCAGUCGUUCCAGGGAAUCCGCUGCUUCCUGACUUAUUUUUGGAUGCAAAGUCAGAUCAACAGGAGAUUAUAACAGAUGAUGGCACCACUCCUGCAUUCGAAAGUAAAAAUUCCAGUGCAGAUGCAGCCUUCAGUGGACCCAUUGGUGAAACAUUCAACACCAUGAAGGGAUCUCUCAACGCUGAGCUGGUCAAAACCACGCAGGGAGUUUACCAGUUUGACCUGUCCGGGGAGCAUCCUGGAGUUUGGUACCUUGACCUGAAAAACGGUUCAGGCAGUAUGGGUUCUGGAGAGCCACCCUCUAAAGCCGAUGUCCUAAUGAACCUGGACAGUGACACAUUUAUCAAGAUGUUUAAGGGGAGCUUAAAGCCAACCAUGGCCUUCAUGUCUGGCAAGUUGAAGAUCAAGGGGGACAUGGCGCUGGCCAUAAAACUGGAGAAGCUGAUGGCCAAGAUGAACAAGUCCAAGCUGUAACCAGAACCAUUCUGUCGUCUGUGUUAAAUAGUGCACAUAUUUCAACAGUGUCUCUAAAAAAAAUUCUCAAUUACUUUUUUUUUUUCAUUAAACUAUAAGCUCCAGUAUGCAGAUAUUUCUAUAUUUAUUAUUCCAAUAUAUACACCGGAAAGAUAUAUCUAUAGUCAAUGAUGUUUUGACACUGUAUACUCACAACUGCUGACAUUUUUGUUUAAACAGAGUAGAUUUUUCACCUUUCAGUGUUAUCUUUAAGUGUGCAGUUAACAUACUUAAUGGAAAAACAUCUAAAUAAGUAUAUUUUACAAUAUGAUUGGUCUUGUUAAAUAAUAUCCUCCGAAUAUUCAUACAGAAACAGCUGGUGAUCUGAACUCAUUGAACCUGAGACAUCUGACACCACCAGUUAUGUCAAACAAAUGCUUUUGUCUAUCCAGAAACUGUCUACUGUCAUAAAGUAAAAACUGCACUAAUUUCGUAUUUGUUGCAUCCAGUAAUGUUCUUGUUUCUUAUCAUUAUUGUUAAUAUGUAAAUUGUUCAGAUUUGCCUGGUUGUUAUAAUAAACAUUUUUGGAACACAAUGAAA